AUGGGAUGUCGAACUAUUUGGGCUUAUACCGAUCCAAUUUACGUAUGGCCGCUCUCCCCGAGGUACUCUACAGUGGAGAUUGUCGGAAACCCAUCUGUUGGAACAUCAAGUUGCAUUUCAAGCGCUACCGGCCAUCCCGACCUGGACUAUAACGGGCUAGAAUUACGGGGUAGUACAAACUCAUUCGCUGAAUUCACUUUAGACCCUAUAACUUCUAUUGAAGACUUUUCAAUCAUGUUGUUUAUUGUACCUGAAGGGUUCAGUGGCACACUAUUUCAUUACGAAAAACAUAACCUAACAACCGGAACAAACGAAAUAAAAACCAUUAUCCUCUCCUAUGAAAAUAUGACAACACAUUUGACAGCAACCGGCAAUAACGCAAGUGAUACUCUAUUUUCCAUGUCUUUAGUGGCCAACUUUCAACCUGACGUUUGGAUGCCAAUUACAAUUUCUUAUGACUAUAGCGGCAGAGAACUUGUUCUGCAUGUAGGGAACGUUAAGCAAUCAGAAAAAGCUGAUGAACAAAUUCCCUUAGGAUUACCAGGAAAAAUAAGAAUAGGUGGGGUCUCUCAGUUUGGUUACGAUAACUUUCUCGGAAGAGUGACAUGUCUACAGUACUAUGAUCAUAAAACAAGUGAUGGUGAUUUUGACAACGCAUUGGUCAGAUGCACGUCCGCUUCAUGGCCGCCGGAUAUGGGACCACCCUCAGUUUCAUCUCCCCCCUCUUGCAAUGCCAUGAGAGGAUAUUUCCAGCUUAUUUCGAGAGGAAGAACACCGCCGCCAUCAACCGUACCUAUUGCAAGCUUAAACACUACUUCAAAAGUGAAAUGCGCAGAUUGGUGUCUUUUGCCUAACAACGCAUGUGUCUCCUUUGUUAUAGACAAAGUCCAGAAAGUCUGCAGUUUGUAUGACGUAGACGAUACUGCACACCUUAUUAUUUCUGAAAGUAGCACGGAUUACUAUGUGUCAAGUACACUUGUCAAUUGCUGUUAAUCUUGCUAUUAAUGAUAGCAACGGAUAGUGACAAUAGUUCUCAGGACAUUUUAUUUGUAAACAAUUUCUUGAAUCAAAAAUGUAUUUUAUACUAAACAGCAAAAGAGGAACGUGCUGCAUAUCUGUAGAAGAAAGUAUAAUUUAGACUAUGAAGACAGGAAAGAAUGAUAAAAUUCAGAAUACAUAUUUUAUUCACACAGGUACAUCAGCAUAUAUAAGAACAUUGCCAAUUUUCUACACCAUGAAAACAACUUUUAGCUAUUAGAAUGUACAUUUACACAAGUACAGAUAAAGAACAGACUUUGUUCUAGCGUGCAGUUUCUAUAGUUAAAUGAAAGCAAUUUACUACGAAUAUCAAAACAAAAAUAAACGCGUAGAUAUAUUUCAAAAUGUUUAGGUCGUGGACCCGGA